GCAAUGACGCAAUGCGUGGCGUGCUCUGUAGGCGACGCCGGAGAGCUGCUGGGUCUGUGGGCGGCGGUGCGUGGCGUCUGCUCCCAGGACGAGAGGGGAAAGUGAGGGCAUCUGCUGCUUCUGACUGAGGAAAAGAUGGUCAACGUCUUGAAAGGAGUGCUUAUAGAAUGUGACCCUGCCAUGAAGCAGUUCCUGCUGUACUUGGACGAGUCAAAUGCCCUAGGGAAGAAGUUCAUCAUUCAAGACAUUGAUGACACCCAUGUCUUCGUCAUAGCAGAGUUUGUCAGUGUCCUCCAGGAGCGAGUAGGUGAACUAAUGGACCAAAAUGCUUUUUCUCUUACCCAGAAGUGAAAAUAUUAGAUAUUAAAAGUAACAGAUGCAAGAGACUCUUCACUUAGUAUCUUGUGUGACAGGCUAGACUUAGAGCCUUGCUAAGAAGCAUGCUGUGGGAAAGACUCAGGGGUCAUUUGUUCAGAAAAAAGCCCCUGAGCUGAUGUUCUGUUCUUUUGUGUGCAUAGUUUCCUUUUUUUACUAUGUGUACCCUAGAAUUAAAAAAAAAAAAAAAAACCCACAAAACUUUAACAGUUGGCAAUAAUUUGACUUUAUAUUAUUUUUCAUCACAAUUUAAUACAUUAGGAAUAUAAUGGAAUAUGACUUUUAAUCAUCAGUCUAGCCUAGAUGCUUAUUUUUCUUGUUCCUGUUACUAAUUGUGAGUUUUUGUAGUUUCAGUGUGGUUAGUUCUGUUCCACCUAGAAACUUCAGAUAAAUUUUUAAUCAAAGUAUGACAUACAUACAGAAAAUGCACAAGUCAUAACUGUACAAACCUCAGAAUUUCCACAAACUGAACACACUUACAUAGCCAACACCCAGAUCGAGAAAGAAACAACCACCACCAGCCCAAGAGCCCUUCCAUAGAAACACCCACGGGCCAGCACUGUGCUGACUUUGAACAGCAUAGUUUUGCUUAUUUGUUAACUUUUUACCGAUGGAAUCAUGCAGCAUGUAUUCCUGUCCGGCAUCUAUUACUCAGCAUUGUGUCUGUGAAUAAUCCGCACUGUCGAGUGACGUUAUCCAGUUGACCUGGAACAAUGGGUUUGAACUGUGCAAGUCCAUUUAUACGUGGAUCUUUUUCAAUAAUUAAUGUAAAUGUAUUCUCCAUGUGA